AUGUUGCCUCCAUCGCCCUGGACGGCGCUCCUGCUGGCCAGCGUCUUUUCUCCGGCCGCGCUCGCGGUCGACACUUGUUCCAAUUCUGUCGAACCAUUAGUAUUACCCAUAAAAAACGUUACCUUUCCGAAUGGCAUCGGUGCCAACCGCGGUCUCAAGCUCACGCUUGGUGGCCAGCUGCAAGGCAUGCGCAUGUCAACCAUCCUGAACAACACGCGCGUGAGGAACAGCCUGGACUGCCCGGACAACACCACGUACGCAUUCGUCGGCUGCCAGGGCUCUUCGGGCAGCGUAUAUGACACCACGAGAGGCUCUUUCGACCAAGUCAUCAACAUACACGACUGGAAUGUGACCACCAUCGAUGCCCAACCCGACGAGGGCCGCACGACGGUGCUUCAUGGAUACGACGUCGCCAACUUCACCGACGCCCCGGCCGUGGCAUUCGGCUACCCAUUCGAGGUCUGGGCCGACUACGACUCCAUGAACAAGAGCGCAGUGGCGUUGGGUCCCAACUCGUCAACCCUCGAAAGCUUUGUGAGAAACGGGCUUGCGCCCGCCGGGAGUUUCAGCAUGGACUACGGCUCGACGUCUGAACGGUACCCCCGCGACGGCCAGCUCGUCGUCGGCGGCUACAACGAGGCCCGGUUCAACGACUCCAAGGUCACCCGGUUCCCCAUGUGGGGAGCCAACGCCCCGGUGCCCUGCCCGCUGCAGGUCGUCGUGUCCGACAUCCUCCUCACCAACAAGGACGGGGACCAUUCCCUCUUCGACCCGGGCGUCAGGGUGGCCGCGUGCAUCGACACGGUCCAGAACAGCUUCACCUUGACGCCGUCCAUGUUCUCCAAGUUCCAGAAGCUCGGCAACCGCACCGAGUCCGACGGCCAGGCCUUCGCCGAGUCCGACUUCCCGGCCGACCGCGAGCCGCUGCUCGGCUCGCUGACCAUCAAGCUGUCCAACGGCUACACGAGCGUCAUCCCGCACUACGAGCUCGUCAACCAUGUCCGCGGCACCGACGCCCGCGGCCGGUACGCCGUCCUGAACAACUCGCGCAUCAGCACCACCGUCGCCUCCGGGCUCAGCGACCUGGGCGACAACAUCCCCAUCCUCGGCGGCGUCUUCCUCUCGCAGAACUACCUCCACGUCGACUACGACGCCGGCAGCUUCUGGCUGAGCCCCCAGGUCGCCAACGGCACCCUGCCCGACCACAUCACGGCCUCCUGCAACGGCACCUCGAGCGCCACGGCCGCCAAGUCGGCGCUGGGCGUCAAGGUCGGCGUGCCCGUCGCCAUCGGCGUCGCCGUCGUCGUCUUCAUCGGCCUCUGGUUCUGGCUGAAGAACCGCAAGCGGAACCCGCAGGCCCAGUUCGCCGACGCCCCGAGGUCCAUCCCGCGCAACGAGAAGCGCGACGCGCCCGACUCCAAGUCCUCCACCACCAACUUCGCCGGCUACCACAACGCCGCCGGCUACCACAACGCCACCCACGCGAACCCGGACGCCCACAUGGAGCUCGAGGGCGACCUGGCGCGCCGGUCCAUGGGCCUGAAUCUGAAUCCCCGGCAGCGCGCGGAGCUCGCCGAGCCCGUCCCGGCGUACAAGUCGGAGUGGCCCCGGCAGAACUCGAUUCAGGGGGAGAACGACACUUACUACAGACAGUUCGAGGAGCCGGGCGAGAGCUACGAGCUCGCAGACACGUCUCCAUAUUCCCAGUCCGUCACCCCGCCGACACACCCACCCCCCGUCCAGCGGAAAGACACCGCUCUGAGCGACAACUGGGUCCCCAGCCCAGCGACGUUGCGAAAGCAGGUAUCGGGCUUCAACGAUGCCAUAUCGCCAACCAGUACACGGGCAAACAGCACGAGGGUCAACAACACCCACCCUUCUCCUAUUUAG